AGGUUUGAUGUUGACUGACUUCUAUUUAUUCCCUUGAAGGCCCACUUUUCAUUUCCGACCCUCAAAGCUACUUCUUUCCAGGAAAAUGGCUCUUCUUGAAUUUCUUUUAGUUGGGUUUCUUUCGUUUGUCUCAUCUGCUCAUGGGUACUAUGGAGGUUGGAUUAAUGCUCAUGCUACCUUCUAUGGAGGUGGUGAUGCUUCUGGGACAAUGGGUGGGGCUUGUGGUUAUGGGAACCUUUACAGCCAGGGUUAUGGAAUCAACACAGCAGCACUAAGCACUGCAUUAUUUGACAAUGGCUUGAGCUGUGGAGCUUGCUUUGAGCUCAGAUGUGUGAAUGAUCCACAAUGGUGCCUCCCUGGCUCCAUUGUUGUCACUGCAACCAAUUUCUGCCCACCAGGAGGCUGGUGUGACCCUCCCAGCCAUCACUUUGAUCUCUCUCAACCCAUCUUCCAACACAUUGCUCAAUACAGAGCUGGUAUUGUCCCAGUAGUCUACAGAAGGGUAAGGUGCAAGAGGAGUGGAGGCAUUAGAUUCACCAUCAAUGGCCAUUCCUACUUCAAUUUAGUACUCAUCACCAAUGUAGGUGGAGCUGGGGAUGUGCAUGCAGUAGCUAUAAAGGGUUCAAGAACCAGAUGGCAACCAAUGUCAAGAAACUGGGGCCAAAACUGGCAAAGUAACUCUUACCUGAAUGGACAAAGUCUCUCAUUUCUUGUUACCACUAGUGAUAGACGUAGUGUGCUCUCUUACAAUGUUGCCCCUGCUGGCUGGUCCUUUGGCCAGACAUACACUGGAAAGCAGUUUCGGUAUUAAUCAGUCUAUUCUGAGAUGCAUUAUUUUAGCUAUUAAUUACUAAUUAAUGUCGCUUUGGUAAAUAAACUAUAGAAGAGAUCUUGGGGUGGUGAAGAUUUGUCAUGAAAGAAUUGGCCGUUCUCGAUUUCUUCCCAUAUUUGUACUGUGAUAUUGAGUUUUUUGCAGUUCAUGGAUUGGCACAGGAUUCAAGCCUCA